AUGGCCCCACCGUCCACCGAGCAGAUGGCCCAGGGCAGCUUCAACAUCUCGAACGACAUCGUCGAGACCGACGAGGUGUUCCGCUACGACGCCCAGGAGCAAAAGGCCAUCCUCAACGCUCGCCCGUGGAAGCAGGACCCGCACCACUUUAAAAAAAUCCGCAUCUCGGCCGUCGCCCUCAUCAAGAUGGUCAUGCACGCGCGCUCGGGAGGCCAGUACGAGAUCAUGGGGCUCAUGCAGGGCAAGCUCGACGGCGACACGUUCGUCGUCCUCGACGCGUUUGCGCUCCCCGUCGUCGGCACCGAGACGCGCGUCAACGCCGCCAACGAGGCCAACGAGUUCAUGAUCCAGUACAUCGAAAGCUCGCCCGCC